CUUAUCAGUCUUGCUCGUUUACUUGUUUAAACAGCAUUCAAUGUGCAUAACACUGACGCUUCAGUCUACGGCUAUAUUUUCCACCCUACCCCUCUCCGUCUUGCGUAUUACUCACAGAAUUGUAGUCUGUUUCUAACGUAGAAGGUGCAUUCCUACAAAACUUACCGAGAAAGAAGGCUUCUGCUAUUACAAACCAGAUUGACCAAAAUGAGGCGUUUUGUUGAACACGUUAAACUGAAAUUAUACCGGCGGCUUUUCACGGUAAUAUCUUUGGGUGUCAUCUUCUUACUUGUAUCCCAGCUAAGUCAUCAAAAUGGUUUGAAGUAUUUCUACGUCAGCAGUAGCUCAAAAGCCCUCGAAGAAGAACGCUUAUUACCAAUAGCUGGCGCUAGAAAUAGUUUGCGAGAAAAGCCUAUCAAAUAUGCAGUCUUUUGCGCCUCCACUCCUAACGGAGCAAGUUAUCGCUCGUUCGACUAUGCCUACAAUCUGCCGUUGACUGCACUAGCCUGGGAGCGAAUAGGUUACAAAUCUAUUGUCCUCAUUAUUGGCUCUCGGUGCGAAUGGGAAAAUGAUCCGGCUUUGAGACUUAUUUUGGCCCGUCUGGAAGAAAGACGAGGAACUACAAUCUUCAUUGAAUCUCCACUUGAAUAUCGCCAAACGCUUAGCCAAGCAGCCAGAAUUUUCGUCGCCAAUAUGAAGGAGUUCUCUGGUAAUGAAAACGAUUACUUAAUUACUACAGAUGCAGACCUUUGGCCAUUGCGGAAAGAACAUUACAUACCCGACCCAAACAUGGACGUCAUGUUGUUGCACUGGGGAUGUUGUGGAAACUUCACAAUGAACAACAGAACAUACACUAUGUAUCCAAUGAGCAACAUUGGGGCUACUGUGGCUGUUUGGCGAGACGUUAUAAACACCAAUCAUUCGUUGGCUUUUGACACUGAAAGUAUUCUGGAUUACCUCGAGGAAAUGUUCGGUGACCAGGCCAGAAGUCCAGUAAUUGUUGGCGAGGAAAGGUGGUUCAUGGAUCAACAGCUGGUCACCGUUCGUUUUACAGAAUGGAUAGAGAAACAUGGAGAAAACACUGUUUACAGGGUAUCUGACGAAGGAUUCUAUCGCGUUGAUCGAUCUUGCUGGUCGGAAGUUGAUUCUUUAGCACCAGAGAACUUCACGCAUCGAUUUGAUGCCCAUUUACCUAGCAAAGGCUACCUACCCAUCCAGCAAUCAAGAAUGGAACCGCUAAUCCAUCUCAUGUAUGGCAAAAACUCGUGGGAAACUAAAUGGGUCGAGAAAUACAAUCAAGAAUUUCUUGCUAAUGUUGAUAACUGGAUAAGAUUUCGUAAAUUGGGAUAACUGAUUUUCUUUUCCAUGAAAGGAUC